AUGCCGAGGUCAGCGCUGGCCCCCGACACGUUUCCUCCGGCAGGCCCGGGGGAGGGCCGUGGGCGCGGGUACGGCGGGGGCCUCCGAGCCGUGGCCGAACGCCACCAGAGCUGCCGGGCACCCCGCGCCGCCGGCAUGAGGCGGGCUGGGCCCUGGUACCUGCUCCUGGCCGCGGCCUGCGCCCUGAGCCGGCCCCCGCCGCCGCCGCGGGCCGCGGUGCGCUGCUCGCCCGCCGGCACCUGCUUCAGCGCCCACCUCGACAACGCCUCCUACCCCGCGGCCAGCGGCGCCUGCGGCCAGCGGCGGGGCGGCCUCGCCUGGGUCAGCGGCGAGCCGGAGCUGCGCCUGCUGCUGGGGCUGUUGGCAGAGGCGGCGGCGCCGGCGCUGCUCUGGGUCGGGCUGAAGAGGAACGUCUCCACCUGCACCCAUGCGGAGCAUCCGCUCCGCGGCUUCACCUGGGAGGGCGUCGGGGGCGGGACGGCUCCGCACGAGGUGCCGGUGGCGCUCGACCGGUGGGUGAAGGAGCCCGUGCGGUCUUGCCUCAGUGCGCGCUGCGCUGGGCUGCACCUGGUGGCCGUCCCCGAGAGCAGCCCCAGCUGGGGCUGGGAGGAGCGGGUCUGCCAUCGGGAGAGCCCAGGCUACGUCUGCAAGUACCAGUACGAGGGCGCCUGUCCCGAUCUCAGCCCCGCGGGCGCUCUCAACCUCGACUAUCGCCUCCCCUUCGGGGAGGGUAGCGCCGGCCCCGGCUUCAGCCCGCCGGGCACUGUGCUGACCGUGGCGUGCCCCGGCGGGGAGGUGCAGCUCACGUGCCAGUCCGAUCCGGGAGGUUUCGCCUGGAAGGCGGCAGAGGAGCCCCUCUGCCCCUGCCCCUGGGGCCGCCAGAGCCCCGGCAGCGGGCAGUGCGCCGAGGCCGCCGGGUGCCGCGAUGCCGCCGGUGGCUUCGCCUGUGUCUGCACCUCGGGCGGGCUGGACGGGACUCCCUGCCCGGGCACAGGAGCGGCCCCCACCGCCGCAGGCGGCCCCGCCGGGUCGCCGGGUGCCGGGGCAGAGGGGCGGCAUCCCUCCAUCCCGACACCUGGUAGUUCCGCGGGGCCGCCCGCCGCUACCACCGCGACCGCCGGCGGACAGAAGACGGCUGUUCCGCUGCCCUCCUCCUCCUCCAACUACGUUUUCGUCCUGGUGACGGUCGCGGUGGUGGUGCUGGUCAUCCUGGUCAUGACCGUCCUGGGGGUGUUCAAGGUCUGCUUCAACAAGAAAUCCGAGGGCCGCGGGGACAAGGAGUCGCCCGAGGCCGGCAGCAAGGCGGAGGCGGGUUCCGCGGAGCCGAGCGGAGCAGCGGGCGGUGACUAGUCCCAGGCGGCCGGGGCCGCGUCCCUCGGGGCUGCCCCGAACGGCAGCUCCCACCCCGGGCCAGAGCUCGGAUGCCCACGCCUCUCCUGCCGCGGGGAGCCGAGGGAGAGGUGCCGUGGGACUUGGCUGGGCAGGACUUGCAGAUUGUCAGACGCGGGAGCACGCACCUUUUGAGGGCUUUGAAGCUUUUGGACAGUCAAGAGUUUCUUGCCGUCUGGAAAACAGUUAUUUAGGUGCUGACAUAAGUGAAAUAUAAAUAUGUCAUCCUAGCCGACAGAGCCAUUGCUGCUGCAACAGUUAUGGGUUUUUAUCCUCUCAAAACCUCUUCAUUCAGUGCCUUACUUAGAGCAAGCAUAAAGGGGACCACGUUGAGCACUUGCAUCUUGUAAUUUAGAAGUCACUCCUUCCCUGAGUGGUACUUGGAGACUCUAAUUUUCUUUCUAAUUGCUGGAACGUUUGGAGAGGUGAACUGCCAUAAUUUUGGAUGAAACUGUGACCCAUACUCUUUCAUACUUAACAUUCUUGAAAAUGAAAGAGCAUUUCUAUACUUCAAAGGUUAUUAAAUUGCUAAGGCAGUAGGAGGUUAAUGAGGAGUCAGUUUUAUACUUCAGCUAAUGAAUAAAGGAUGUCAUAAAAGCUAAAUCACUGCUCUGUUUUUUACUUCAUACAAUACGAUUUUUUUAUUGUAGCAGAGGACAAAGUUUUUCCCGUAAGUUGUGUUGGUACAAAAUUUGCUUUCUGUAUGCAAUAUGUUGCUCCCUUACAAUCAGACAAGGUGCUGACACACCAUACUGUGAGAGAAGUUAACGUGAGUCUAAAUGCAUCAUGCAAAUCUCAUUCUUUUUAGUCAGAUAUAUUAUUUUCCGCGGUGUCCCUUGAGAGUAAGGAAAGAAAUACUCGCCAUUUGUGCCCCUGUUAAAUGAGGUAAACACUUCCUCUGUGAUUUCCCUUGGGGAUUCCUGUAGAGCAGCUUUCAUCCUGGCCACAGAACUUGCUUUCUUUGCAGUUCAGAGUGCUGAUGCUCAUUUCUUAUUAUUAUGGUGUUGUUUUUCAAUUAAAGUGGUAAUGCUAAAUAUUGAUUCAAGGUUUUCUGAGUGCAGUAAGACACAACUAACUGGAUCCAUCCAAGUCUUUUGGGGUGCAGGGAAGGUAGUGAAAUUAUUGAUUCAUAACCAUUAUUCAGUGGUCUGCAAGGCAGAUUCAGUGCAAGGUUUACUGUUUACAUCCAUAGGAGGAGAAUAACUAAGGUCAUAAUGACUAAAGAUAAUCAUAACAAGAACUGAGAUUGGAUUGGAUGCAACUUUCUUUUAAUUCUUAACUGUAAUACCAUAUGUAAAACAUGUGACUGAAUGUAAAUAUUUUUCCAAACGUACCAGAGAUGGAGACAAAUCUUUACCUUUUCCCUUAUAUUACAUACAUGUCCUUUGACUGAGCAUUAUACAAGCAUAUUAUAUUGCAACUGUUUUUCUAGUAUAGGAAAAACAUUAUGUCACCCCAUAUUAAAGCCAUAUAAAUCACAUAUAAACUUUGUAUUCUGUUAUUUUUAGAAUGGAUACAUUUGUGCAGAGGAUUUAAAAUAAUUCAGUUAUUUCAAUUCUAGUGAUGAGGUGAGGUUUUUAAAAAAUUAUUAAUUCCCUGUGGUAAUGCAUAGUGUCAUAGACUUGAAGAUUGGAUGUAAUAACACCAUGGUAAUGAAAUGGUGAAUGAAAGAAUCUGUGAGUCCACAUUUUAAAAUCGUAGUUCCUGCAAACAGUAGGAUUCAGAUCUCUUGUCCAGAUCUCUUGUCUAUAGCAGUUACCUGAAAAGUGUCCCAUGUUGCCAAUUAUUAAAUCUAAUUUUUAGAUUUCCUUAAUUCCUCCAAAGAUAGUUUGACUGGUAGACACACCAUUUGUCAGCUGCACAUUUUAUUUAUGAACAUGUGGUGAAUUUUUAAUGGCUUGUAUUCAUCAAAUAAUCAGAACAAAAAUUUUAAUUUCCCCACAUUUUUUAAAUAAUAUUCUAUACUGCUUAAUUAAAUGUGCUAUGGGAUUAAAGUGAAAUCUGAAAGUGGACAUGGAUGAAAUUCAAGUACUUCAGAUAACUUUUUUCCUGUUUUAAGUGUAGAAUAUAGCUUAAAGAAGAUUUUAAAAAUUAAUGGAUUCUGUGCUUCCCCCAGGAAGUGUAAUUUCCUUUCACUUAAUUUUUUUUUGUGUUCUCAGUCCCAAUAUGUCUUUCCUCAUUUAUUACAUGGAGCUGAAUCACUGGUAGAUGCAACUUAGUUCCUUAUAGAAAUACUAUUUUCUGUUUCUUCAGUAUGUGGACAUUUAUCAAGGCUGUACAGUGGUGAUUCAUAUAUUUCACUAAUGAUAUAAACUGACUUGAAAGGCAAACACAGCUGGGCAGCAGCAGUAAGCACACUCCCAGGGCUUCAAAACAGGUUUAGCUUCCUGUCGUUCCUUCUUCCCCCCAGUAUGCAGCCUUGCCUUUCUCCUCUGGACUUGGAGUCUGGAACAGGAAGACUGGAAAGUGGAUGUGAAGAGGGAGUCCUCUGUUGGCAAGGAAGCCUUUUUCCUUUUCUGUAUUGCUGACUAGAACUGUAGAAUCACAGAAUGGUUUGGGACUGAAAGGACCUUAAAGAUCAUCUAUUUUCCAUCCUUCCACUAGAUGGGUUUGCUCAGAGUCCCAUUCAACGUGGCCUUUAACACUUCCAGGGAUGUGGAACAUCUACAACUUUCCCAGACAAACUGGUCCAGUGCCUCACCACCCUCACAGUAAAGGAUUUCUUCCUAAUAUCUAAUCCAAGCCUACCCUCUUUUUCAGUUUGAGGCCAUUCCCCCUUGUCCUGUCACUACACACCCUAGUAAAAUGUUCUUCUCCAGCUUUCCUAUAGAUAUCGGAAGGCUUCUAUAAGGUCUCCCUGGAACCUUCUCUGGGUUGAACAACCCCAACUAUUGCAGCCUGUCUUCAUAGGAGAGGUGCUCCAGCCCUGUGAUCAUCGCUGUGGGCUUCUCUGGACUCUCUCCAGCAGGUCCACACUAUUCUUAGCUGGAGGCUGCAGAGCAGAGCACAGUACUCCAGCUGGGGGCUCCUUCACUGUAGGCAGCAGUGGAACUGGUGGUCCUGCAUGUAUUAUGUCUUUUCCCUCCUCCUACCUGCCAGUCCUUAGGCAUUUCAAGUCAGAAUGGUGGGAAAACAAUAGUAUUAUGUAUUUUAUGGAUAAUGUAAAUAGCAAGAAGCCUGCAGGUCCAGGGAGAAGAUGAGCCGAGGAGGGAGACAGGCAAGCAACCAUCUUUACGAGGAUGUAUCCAUCCUAGCCAUCCUCUUGCUGCAUAUUUUUUCAGGUGUUACUCAAAAUGUGAUGGUUUGUAAACAAAUGAACAUUUUCAAUCAUUAAGCCAGGAACAGCACAUGGGCUGUAACAUGUCAGAAGAGCAUGGUUUUGUUUUUGGAAUCUAACCAGCAGGGCUUGUGUUUUGGACUGAUAAGAAGAGUAUACACUGUUCCCCAGAACCUAACACGGGAGCAUAAGUACAUAUAGUUUGAGUGAGAUUCAAAGUUAUCUAAGUUUGUAAUGCCUCUGUCACAACAGUAAAUGCUUUAGGAAAUAGAAUAGGAAAUCUGAUAUCUGUAAGUGACACUUCUCCUGGGUACUCUAAGGUUGAAAGACUGAGUUGAAGAGUGAGUUCAUGUCACACUUGGUCAACUUCUAUCAAAUUGUCUAACAGAGUUUGGAUUUGAUUUAUUAGUUUUGGGAUCCAACCAUCCUGUAUCAAUUCCACAAUUUUUUUUACAUGUCACAUCAAAAAGUAGACCAGUUCAUCAUCUUAAUUUCCCAUACCUUUACCAUGCAGUCCUUUAUUCAUCUCUCUCACAAGUUGAGGAGUCUAUUUAGUUUCUUCUUUUCCAGAAAUAAUUCUAUGGAACUAAAUGUUUUCUUAUCCUUUUUUUGCACCUCUUUGUAUACUAUUAGAUUUCUUGUAAAAUCCAUAUUUAGAAACUUUUAGAGAUGUUGGUACAGUAUAGUUUUCUAUGAUGGUUUAACAGUAUUUUCUGGGUUUUAAAAGUUUAAAAUAUAACCAUUUGCUUCUUUGGACAAUUGCAGAGAACUGUGCUGAUAUUUUAUAAGAAUUAUUCCUCAUUUUUUUUUCCAAAUAAUUUAUAAGAAAUUUGACCUGGACAGUUUCUAGGACAGAGCCCUGUGGGCCUCUAGCAGGUCUCCUCACAGUGAAAAAAAAAAAAAAAAAAAGUCUAUAAUAAACAGAGGCAAUAAGAUUUCAUGGCUUUUUCCUCAUGGCCCUUUCUUCCAGAAACACUCUGAAAUACGAUCAUCAUUCACCAGCAGCAAGUACAGUGGUUGGUUUCCUGCUCUACUGAAUUUGGCAUUGGUAGUUGUUAUGUGUUUAUGCAAAUGUUCCUCAAAUAGUUGUUUUUUGACCUGCUUUAAAAUGCUACUGUUUAUUUGCUAAAGUUCACCUUUUGUUCUGUUUUCGUUAUUUGCACGACUUCAACUUUAAAUUACAUCCUUUUCUGUCAUGUAUUGUUUAACCUUUUAGAUUUUUUGAGGGGAAAGAGCUCUUCUAUCUUCUUUUGAUAGGUAGUAGAUGUUUAGUCUGAAUCUGUAAUAUCAGUAAAUAGUCCUGGUGCCACCUGCAAGCUUUUACCCUUUAGCUGCUCCUUUUAUUUCUUUUUAUCAUCCAUCUUAAUUUAUAUACUGCCUCCCUUCUUCGAAAUUAAACAUUAGCAUAGUGAAUGUUUUUAGCUUUUAUACUCAAAGUUGUUCCUUUUUUGUACAUUGUAGUCAGCCAAGUAAUGUCCUCUUCUAAAGACAAAAUUAGAAUCUGUUUCUUCUGUGUGAGUUAUCUUACUAGUUGUGCCAAGAAUAAAUUAUUAAACAUAUCUGAAAAUUUAGUCAGUCUCUCAUGAUAGCGGUCCACAAAAAACAAUUGUUUUGUUGUUUGUUAGACUGAGUUUGUAUGGCAAGGUCUUGGUAUUGGGGCAACUACAGGUAAGGCUUCUGUGAGAAGCUUCUAGAAGAUUCCCCAAUUUCCAACAGAGCUAACUGCUGGCUGUGGCCAAGCCAUCAGUCACUGGCAGUGAUAGCAGCUACUUAAGAAGAGAGGAAAAAGCUUCACAGAAGAAACUUUAGCCAAUAGGAGUGAGAAUAUAUGAGAGGAACAGCUCUGCAGACACCAAAGUUAGUGAAGAAGGAGGGGGAGAAAGUGCUCCAUGCAGCAGAGCAGAGAUUUUCCUGCAGGCUGUGAGCUAGGCUGUGCCCUUGCAGCCCAUGGAGGUCCAUGUGGAACAGAUAGUCCACCUGCAGCCCACAGAGGAGCCCGUGCUAGAGCAGGUGCUCUGUGAACCUGCAGGGAGAGGAGCUCAUGCUCAGCAGCGUUGCUGGCAGGACUUGUGACCUCACGGGGGAUCCAUGCUGGAGCAGUGUGUUUCUGAAGGACUGAACCCCAUGGGAAGAACCCACACAAGAGCAAUUUGUGAAGAACUGCAACCCAAUAUAUCUGUGUUUAAAUUCUUUCUUCUCUGAGCAAGUAAUGAAUAGUGUGUAAGUCGUGCAUGCAGCUUUUUGUCAGUACAUAAGUCUCCUAGAUUUCAUGGCAAUAACCCUCCCAACUCUGCAGUGUUACUGGUGGCACUGCAAGUGAAUUGUUUCCCUUCCAAUUAUACCCAACCACUAAGAUGAUAAUGCAGAUUCUGGUCCAUUAAAGCAAUUCUAAUAUCCUAAGAGAAUAAGUAAUUAUAAGAACACAUGCAUUAGUCUUCCUAAGUAAAACAAUCUUGGUUUUCAUUCUUCUAUAAAUUCUGAAGUUUAAAGGAAUAUGAAGAUAAUAUACAACAUGAGCAUCCACCUAUUAAUAUUAUACAAUGUGCAUUAUGGUCAGUUCUCCCCUAUAUUUAAUGGCAUUAUAUUACUACAUAUCCCAGACUUUUACAUCAUAAGUUCUCUUUUACUUACCUAUACUUCUGGCAGGUACUAAUGAGGAAGAUUUCAUUACUUUCAGAUAAAUUUACCUCACUCAUGCUGUUAAUAUCCAUUGCAAUUCCAUAAAUUCACUUUAAAACUCUCACAAGAAUGUCCUACUGGCUUACCAUUUAAAGUUAACUUUGCUGCAGUAAAAGACAAGGACUUAGGUUUAAAUGUAUAUUCUUCUUUUGUAUUAAAAUUUAACCUAGGCAUAUACUGUUAUACAUUUAUAGAGAAUAUUCUUUCUUAGUAAAAAUUGAGACUGUGGGAAUAGUUUCUUGGAGCAAAAUUCUGUCUGUUCAGGAGAAGUCUUUCUUUGGACUUUAAAAUCUAUUUAAGUCCAAAUACGACUGAGGUGUUUUUCCACAAAUGUGAAUGUAUCAGGAGAUUUUUUUCCCCCCUGUUUAUGGAGUUUAUUUACUUGCUUAUUUGAAUUAGCUCUCAGUUCUAAUGAAAGGUUCUUGAAUGAGUACACUGAAACUUUCAAUCCUUUGUGGAUUAGAUUUUGGGAAUGUAAACCUGUGCCUUCCUGCUAAAAUAAGUUCAGAGUUUCGAGGUCUGUCAAAAGGAAUGCAUGAACAUUCCUUUUCAUUCUUAAGAGGCUGGGAUUUUUUUCUCUUACAGAAAACAGUUUUCCAAGUCAUUACACUGAACAUGCUUUUGAAGUAAGAAAGUCAGUAAAUUUUACUUUGUGAAGUUGAAAGAGCAGUGAAAAUGCUUCUGUAUUCCAUUUCUGUCUUGUCAAUAUUUGGUGUUGAGCAAAAAUUUCUUAGGUCUUUUUCUCUGUUUUAAUGAUAAAAGGAAGAAAAAAAUCCAUGACAUU